AUGGCAACCAUAUCUAACGAUGAAAUUGCGCCUUUAUUGGGGACCAACGCAUCCGCGUCGAGGUCACGGAAACUGUUAGUGAUGAUCGGAGGGUCCAUUCUCAUCCUCGCCAUGGAUUUUGGAUUCUUUCUGACCGUCGCCCCUCAAACGAAAAUCUUCGAGGACAUUAUCUGCCGGGACUACCUCGCUGCUCUAGGGAACCGAACAGACACGAUUCCCCUAGAGGGAGUCUGUAAGUCGGGGCCAGUGCAGAGUGAAUUGGCCCUGGUGAAUGGAUGGAAAGAGACAGCUGAUGUCUUACCGGGCAUUCUUCUGUCUAUUCCGUAUGGCGUGUUGGCGGACCGCUGGGGGCGCAAACCGGUUCUCCUUCUGGGCAUCCUAGGGAUUCUCCUCGGGGAGAUCUGGGUUCGUGUUGUGUGCUUGUAUCCCACUGUCUUACCACUGCGGCUAGUCUGGCUAUCGGGAAUGUGGAGGCUCAUUGGCGGCGGAGAUAUGGUCCUUUCGUCCAUUGCUCUUGUCAUGGUAGCGGACUGUUUCCCUGAGGAUGAGAUGGCUACGGCUUUGUUCCGCCUGUUCAGUGCAGUGAUUCUAUCUGAGGUUCUCGCCACCCCAGUGAGCGCAUAUCUCAUGGCUAGUGACCCUUGGGUGCCAUACAUGCUGGGACUUGGGAUUGCCAUGGUCGGAUCAUUGAGUGCUUUUCUCAUGCCGGAGAGCUUGAGUGACGCCAAAUCCAAGAUUUCCUCGACGACCGCACCCAGUAAUGAAGAGACACAGUCGUACCCAGAUGGAAAGUUCUCUGUGAGGCAGUAUAUCUUGGACAAAUUACAGCACUUCCGCGACUCGACUCGGUUUAUCAUGAGCACUCCAGGCGUGGCCGUCUGUCUUGUUGCGCUGUUUAUCGCCUCCAUCAGCAAGCAGUCGACGAGUCUCCUGCUGCAGUAUACAUCGAAACGGUUCGAUUGGAGUAUUGCCGAUGCCAGCCUUCUUAUAUCCUUACGCGGAAUUGUGACACUAGCGAACUUCCUACUCCUCAUGCCAGCCCUUUCCUCCAUACUCACCCGGCAUUUCCAUCUUCCAGGCAAGUUGAAAGACUUGCGACUAUCCCAAGUCAGUAGUCUUGUCUCGGCCCUUGGCUUCUUCAUCAUCGCGACUGCCGGAUCCCGGGCCAUUCUGAUCCUAGGCAUGAUGCUUCUCUCGAUGGGCGCCGCCUUUCUGGUGUCAUGCCGCAGUUUCGUGACGUCGCUGGUUCGGCCAGACCAUGUGGGAGCUCUGUAUUCAUCUGCUACGGUUGUUUCCUCCCUGGGGAUGGUUGUUGCCGGUCCGCUUUUUGCUUAUGCGUUUCGAUUGGGUCUGAAUCUGGGGCCUGCGUGGCUCGGACUGCCUUUUCUUCUGGCGGGGGUGAUUUAUCUUCUUGGUUCUGUCUCACUCAUUCGGCUGAAGGUUUCUAAUAGACUUCAUGGAGAGUAG